AUGCCAGGCUUUCAAGCAUCUGCUUGCAACUGUGCCGCAACAAACUACACUAUGCCCGCUCUCUCACCCACCAUGACCGAAGGCAGCAUUGCCAGCUGGAGAGUAAAGGAAGGGGACUCCUUCUCUGCGGGCGACGUUAUUCUGGAGAUCGAAACGGAUAAGGCAACGAUGGAUGUGGAAGCACAGGAUGAUGGGAAGCUGGUGAAGAUCGUCAAGGGUGACGGGUCAAAGGCAAUUCAGGUGGGCGAACGGAUAGGAAUUCUGGCCGACCCAGAGGACGACAUUAGCACAUUGGAGCUGCCGGCAGAGGACUCGAAGCCUGCGAAAGAGGAAAAGUCAGCGAAGAAAGAGGAGAAAUCUGCAGCGAAGGAAGAGAACAAGCGUGAAAGUGCUCCCAAGCCAGAGAAGUCUUCCGAGUCAAAGGAGGCUUCCAAGAGCUCCGAAUUGCAGAAGCAAGGAGGAGCCGCACGAAAGCAGACGUAUCCACUAUACCCUUCGGUGGAGCAUCUAUUACAUGUCAAUGGUCUUUCCGCCGAAGACGCCAAUCAGAUCCCUGCCAGUGGCCCUCAAGGACGAUUGCUAAAAGGUGAUGUUCUGGCAUAUCUCGGCCAGGUCCAAAAGAGCUACCCAGCAAGCAUAUCCGCACGAUUGGACAAGCUCUCACAUCUGGAUCUAUCGAACAUUCAACUGGCCAAGAAGGCGGAGGCUAAGCCUGAGAACAAGCAGGCAGAGCAGAAAACCGAGCCCGAGUUACCUCGAGAGACCGAGAUCGCCAUACCUAUCAGCCUAUCUUCCGUCAUUGCAACACAAAAGCGCGUGCAGGAUACUCUUGGGAUUUUCCUGCCACUCUCAACGUUCAUCGCUCGUGCUUCAGAGCUCGCGAACGAUAACCUGCCAUUCAGCAAGACCCACAAAGCGACCGCCGAUGACCUCUUCAACGCCGUGCUAGGCUUGGACAAGGUCGCAACCAGCAGUCGAGGCAACUACUUUCCCAACAUCACCGGCCUGUCAAGUCCUUCUUCCAUCACAGCAGCUCCGCGCUCAGCUAAGAAGUCGGACAUUAUUGAUCUCCUUGUACCCAAGCCCAAGGCGCCCAAACGAGCUCCUGCCCCUGUUAUGCCGGGCAUCUCGCCGAGGGAGAACAUCUUCUCUGUGGUAGCCAGGAACGGAGAGGAGAGCCGUGCGACCGAGUACCUAGAGAAGAUGAAGCUGGUAUUGGAGGACCAGCCCGGUCGCCUUGUCUUGUGA